AAUGUCGUCUAACAGCAGCUGAAACAGCCCAUUAGCAACUGAGUGAAUAAUAUGCGUGCCGAGCGGGUACUCCACAACCAUAUUUGCAAGCUUGUCCGCAUAAGAGUUACCAUCCCGAUAUGUGUGUUGCAUCCGGACUUCUCAAUCUCGACGACAAAGGUCAAGAAUCCGACCUCGGAGAGUCUAUAGCCAAGGAGAAGCAGGAUCGUUCCUUGAAACGAUCCGCAGGACCGCUCCUUGAAACGAUCCGCAGGACCGCUAAUGAGUCCACUUCGAGAAUUAACCUUCGGCAUCCCACGUUCCAAGCCAACUCCAUCCCCGUGAGUACCCCCAAAGCUUCGCCAUGGUGACUGUAGCGAUGCCAAUGUUUUGGGCAAAUCCCACGAUUCACCUGCCAUCUACAUCGCGAAGGAGGCCACCAGCUCCAGCUGUCUCGGGAUUGCCUCUUGAAGAGCUGUCCGUGUUAAGCUUGAAGAAGUGGGGGCCGAAUCCAACUGAUGUCGACCCAGCAUUUGGAGGUAGUACCUAUCGCCUUUUCCACCCAUGCCUAGCCUUCCUAGAAAAACCGAGCGGUCUACAAGAUGGUCCGACAUGCCGAGGUGGGACGGCUGAAAUCCGACUCGAAUAACUCCUUAUUCCUCCAUGUCCACAACAGCCAGCAACUUGUAGCAAAGGUGGUCCACCAGUGUUGAUGAUGUGGGUAGGACAAAUUUUGCCAAAGCCGAUCCAAUAGGUCCAUAGAGAAGAAUUCCGGAUGAGCGUCGAUCGGGACAAGCCUCGACCAAACUUGCUUCGCAAGAGCCCAAUCCCGCAAGACAUGUAAGGUAGAUUCAGCCCCAGAUUCAGCCCCACUCUCUCAAUGGGGGCAGCUAGGGGUGUCGCACAAGCUCCUUCGGUAACGAGCCUCGUUCGUGAGCAAGCUCUCUCGGGCUAUGCGCCAAAGGAAGAACCGGAUACGCUGCGGACCCUCUCAUCUCCAAAUAUUCUUCCAUAGCUUGGAGUAGUGAUCAGUCCCUGAGCCCUCAGUUAAUAGUUUAUAUACCGAUGCUACCGUAUAGUUUCCAGACGGUGCCAAUCGCCAAAAUGGAACAUCAUCUCCGUGGGCAGUGGGCACCUGGGCCGGGGCUACCACAAUAGCAAUGCGCAGCAACGAUGAAUUAUUCAGCCGGCUUUUGCCAGGCUUAGUGCUGUUUAUGGCGGUACAUACAUACAUGUUGAGCAAGCCAGAGUGCAAGGUUGAGUUUGACAGGAAGGCAAAGUUUGUGGCGUUACAUCUGAAGGGGAAACUUGCUAAAUGUAAAAAAGUUGUCUGUGAUCCUUCUUACUUGCCCAACAAGGUCAGAAAAAUCGGGAAGGUUGCUAGAGCGAUCUGCAUAAUGAGCCAUCCGAUCCCAAACACCAAUGAUUCACAUUCUGCACAGGUUAUCCUGCCCCAGAUGCAGUUGAGUCGCAAGUCUGACAUGUACGUUUUCUGCUGCUCGUACUCUCACAAUGUUGCACCAACUGGCAAAUUCAUCGCAUUUGUUUCAGCUGAGGCUGAAACCGGUAACCCCGAGCUAGAACUGAAGCCAGGAGUUGAUCUUCUUGGACCGGUCGAUGAGAUAUUCUACAACACUUGCGAUAGAUAUGAGCCUGUCAAUGAACCCUCUCUGGACAAUUGUAUCAUGUCAACGAGUUAUGAUGCCACGACCCACUUUGAGUCCACCGUCUUGGAUGUGCUUAACAUGUACACCAUGAUCACUGGGAAGGUCCUUGAUCUCAGCGUGGAUUUGAGUGCCGCAAGUGCUGCGGAAGAAUGAAAGACCAUGGCUACUUCGGGUUCCUGCAUUUUUUCAGUUUUAUUUCUCGUAUCCACUGCGUUCAAUGUGGAAACCAACCCGGUGCUAGAUGAAAGUUUAUCUCUGUGAGGCAUAUGUUUCACCAUUUUGAUACUGCAACUAGUUGACUUGGGAGUAGCUCUUGGGUAUUUUUUAUUUUACUCCGUAUAGAGGAAAAUGGUAUUGGUUUCUGAUGUAAAUUCAUCUGUUAUCAAUGAAGUUUCAUCAUUUAUCCAAAAAAAAAAAAA